AUGAUGGCCCGCAAGCAAGAUGGCCGCACGCCCACCUACAACGUCAGCGUGGUGGGACUGUCCGGCACCGAGAAGGAGAAGGGCCAGUGCGGCAUCGGCAAAUCCUGCCUGUGCAACCGCUUCGUGCGGCCGAGCGCCGACGACUUCCACUUGGACCACACGUCCGUGCUCAGCACCAGUGACUUUGGGGGCAGGGUGGUCAACAAUGACCACUUCCUCUACUGGGGCGAGGUGGCUCGGCCGCUGGAGGAGUGCGUGGAGUGCCGGAUCCACGUGGUGGAACAGACGGAAUUCAUCGACGACCAAACCUUCCAACCUCACCGCAGCACGGCGUUGCAGCCCUACAUCAAAAGGGCGGCGGCCACCAAGUUGGCGUCGGCGGAGAAGCUCAUGUAUUUCUGCACCGACCAGCUUGGCCUGGAGCAGGACUUUGAGCAGAAACAAAUGCCCGACGGCAAGUUGCCGGUGGACGGCUUCUUGUUGUGCGUGGACGUCAGCCGCGGUAUGAACCGCAACUUCGACGAGCAGCUCAAAUUCGUGUCCAACCUCUACAACCAACUGGCCAAAACCAAAAAGCCGGUGGUGGUGGUGCUGACCAAAUGCGACGAGGGCGUGGAGCGUUACAUCCGAGACGCCCACGCCUUCGCGUUGGGCAAGAAGAACCUGCAGGUGGUGGAGACUUCGGCGCGCUCCAACGUCAACGUGGAGCUGGCCUUCAGCACGCUGGUGCAGCUGGUGGACAAGAGCCGCGGCAAGGCCAAGAUCAUCCCUUACUUCGAGGCUCUCAAGCAGCAGAGCCAGCAGAUCGCCGCCGCCAAGGACAAGUACGAGUGGCUCGUCAGCCGGAUCGUCAAGAGCCACCACGAGGCGUGGGCCAACGUCAGCCGUAAGAUGCAGCCGGCGCCGGAGUACCAGGAUUACGUCUACUUGGAAGGGACCCUCAAGGCCAAGAAACUCUUCCUGCAGCACGUGCAGCGCCUCAAGCAGGAGCACAUCGAGCGCCGCCGCAAGGUCUACCUGGCCAAGCUGCCGCAGGCGCUGGACGCCCUCGUGCCGGACCUGGACGAGAUCGACCACUUGAGCCGCGCCAAAGCCGAGAAGCUGCUGGAGACCAAACCCGACUUCCUCAAGUGGUUCGUGGUGCUGGAGGAGACGCCGUGGGACGCCACGAGCCACGUGGACAACGUGGACAACGAGCGCAUCCCCUUCGACCUGCUGGAGACGCCGGCGGCCGAGCAGCUCUACGAGGCUCACCUGGAGAAGCUGCGCGACGAGCGGAAGCGCGCCGAGAUGCGGCGGGCGUUCCGGGAGAACCUGGAGAGCUCGCCCUUCGUCACGCCCGGCAAACCCUGGGAGGAAGCGCGGAGCUUCAUCAUGAACGAGGACUUCUACCUGUGGUUGGAAGAGUCGGUCUACAUGGACAUCUACGGCAAGCACCAGAAGCAGCUGAUCGACAAAGCCAAGGAGGAUUUCCAGGAGCUGCUGCUGGAGUAUUCGGAGCUUUUCUACGAGCUGGAGUUGGACGCCAAACCCAGCAAGGAGAAGAUGGGCGUCAUCCAGGAGGUGCUGGGCGAGGAGCAGAGGUUCAAGGCUCUGCAGAAGCUGCAGGCCGAGCGCGACGCUCUCAUCCUCAAGCACAUCCACUUCGUCUACCACCCCACCAAGGAGACGUGUCCCAGCUGCGCCGGCUGCGUGGACGCCCGCGUGGAGCAGCUGCUGGGCUCGCGUUUCAUCCGCCAGCACCGGAACCCUCUGGCGGAUCCCAACGUCGACCGCAUCAACCUGGUCAUCCUGGGCAAGGACGGGCUGGCGCGAGAGCUGGCCAACGAGAUCCGCGCGCUCUGCACCAGCGACGACAAAUACGUCAUCGAGGGUAAGAUGUACGAGCUGGCGUUGCGGCCCAUCGAGGGCAACGUCCGGUUGCCGGUCAACGCCUUCCAGACUCCGACCUUCCAACCGCACGGCUGCCUGUGCCUCUACAACUCCAAGGAGUCGUUGUCCUACGUGGUGGAGAGCAUCGAGAAGAGCCGCGAGUCCACCGUGGGCCGGCGCGACAACCACCUGGCGCAGCUGCCGCUCACCCUCAUCUUGGUCAACAAACGCGGCGACGCCGGCGGCGAGACGUUGCAGAGCUUGAUCCAGCAGGGUCAGCAGAUCGCCAGCAAGCUCCAGUGCGUCUUCCUAGACCCGGCGUCGGCCGGCAUCGGCUACGGCCGCAACAUCAACGAGAAACAGAUCGGCCAAGUGCUCAAAGGGCUGCUGGACGCCAAACGCAACCUCAACCUGGUGGUCGGCUCCACCUCGGGCCUCAAGGACGCGACCGACGCCGAUCUACGCGUGGUGAUGUGCCUGAUGUGCGGCGACCCGGUGAGCGCCGACGAGGUGCUGCUGCCCAUCCUGCAGGCUCAGCCGUGCCGGCCGGCGCCGGGCGGAGGCGCGGCGGUGCUGCUGGACACGACGGUGGGAUCGCAGCGGCGGCGCGUGGAGCUGUCGCUGUUGUCCUACCACGCGUCCUUCGGGUCGCGCAAGAGCCGUUUGGUGCACGGUUACAUCGUCUUCUACGCCGCCAGACGCAAAGCGUCGCUGGCCACGCUGCGCGCCUUCCUGGCCGACGUGCAGGACAUCGUGCCGGUGCAGUUGGUGGCGUUGGCGGACGCCUCGGCCGACCUGCUGGACAACGACGUGAGCCGCGAGCAGGUGGCCGAGGGCGAGGAGAUCGCGCAGGAGAUCGAGGGGCGUUUCGCCACCUUGUCCUGCGGUCAGCCCCAACCCAAGCUGGACGCCUUCCAGCCCUUCUUCAAGGACGCGUUGGACAAGAAGAACAUCGUGGAGGCCACUCACAUGUACGACAACGCCGCCGAGGCCUGCAGCACCGGCGAGGACGUCUUCAACUCGCCGUGCGCCGGCUCGCCGCUCUGCAAUUCCAACUUGCCCGAUUCCGAGGACGACCCGGAGCCGCUGCCGGGCUACAGCCCCUUCCGCGAGGAGCCGGCCGUGCCGGCGUUGCCCAAGGACCAUUCCAAGCUCUCCAUGGAGCUGGAAGGCAACGAUGGCUUGUCCUUCAUCUUCGAGAGCAAACUCAACAACAAAGUCCCGCCGCCGGUCAAGCCGAAACCGCCCGUUCAUUUUGACAUCAAGGGCGACCUCGCCUACCUGGAGCAAGGCCACCGGGACGGCCAGCGGCGCUCGGUGUCCUCCUCCACGUGGUUGCCGCCGGAUUGCUUCGACCCUUCGGACUACGCCGAGCCCAUGGACGCGGUGGUGAAGCCGCGGAACGAGGAGGAGAACAUCUACUCGGUGCCUCACGACAGCACCCAAGGCAAGAUCAUCACCGUGCGCAACAUCAACAAGGCCACGUCCAACGGCAGCGGCAACGGCUCGGACAGCGAGAUGGACACCAGCUCGUUGGAGCGAGGCCGAAGGCUGCCGACCGUCACCAAACCGCUGCUGUACCGGGCGCGGUGCGCGCGGCUCGGACGUUUCGCCGGUUACCGGCCCGGCCUGAGCGUCGGAAGCGAUGACGAGUUGGGAACGGGGAGGAAGAAGGACGAGGAGCCGGGAGGUCAAGGCGGUUACAAAGGGGACAACGCGGUCAUGGCUUACGAGGCGGCCGACGGCGAGGAUCCGCGGAGGAGGAACAUCCUCAGGAGCCUCAGGAGGACCACCAAGCAGAAGCCGAAGGCGAAGGCGCGGCCGUCGCUCUCCAAGGCGCCGUGGGAGAGCAGCUACUUCGGGGUGCCCCUGGCCAGCGUGGUGACACCGGAGCGGCCGAUCCCGGUGUUCAUCGAGCGCUGCAUCCAGUACAUCGAGGCCACCGGUGAGACUGGGAGCGCUGGGAGUGCAAUGGGAUUUUUUGGGAAUUUUUUGGGAAUUUUUUGGGAUUUUUUUAGGAUUUUUUUGGGGAUUUUUAGGCAAUUUUUUUACUUUAUAAGGGAUUUUUUAGGUUGAUUGAGUUCUGUAUCCAGUACAUCGAGGGAACUGGGGAGACUGGGAGCACUGGGAGUUUAAUGGGAAUGCUGUGGGAAAUUUUGGGAAUUUUUUGGGAUUUUUUUAGGAUUUUUUUUUGAGAUUUUUAGGCAAUUUUUUUACUUUAUAAGGGAUUUUUUAGGUUGAUUGAGUUCUGUAUCCAGUACAUCGAGGGAACUGGGGAGACUGGGAGCACUGGGAGUUUAAUGGGAAUGCUGUGGGAAAUUUUGGGAAUUUUUUGGGAUUUUUUUGGGAUUUUUUUGGGGAUUUUUAGGCAAUUUUUUUACUUUAUAAGGGAUUUUUUAGGUUGAUUGAGUUCUGUAUCCAGUUCAUCGAGGCCACUGGUGAGACUGGGAGCACUGGGAGUACAAUGGGAAUGCUGUGGGAAAUUUUGGGGAAUUGAAAAAAUUCCCCCCAAAAAAGAAAAAAAUCUCUGCCCUAAAAAUAUUCUUGAAAAAAAUCCCAAAAAUCCUAAAAUCCAUCAAAACCUCCUAUAAAACUCCUAAAAAUUUCCCAAAAAAAUUCCAAGAAAAUUCCCAUGAAAUGCCUAAAAAUUUCCCAAAAUAAUUCCAAAAAAAUUCCCAUAAAAUUCUUUAAAAUUUCCCAAAAAAAUCCAAAAAAAUUCCCAUAAAAUUCCUAAAAAAUUUCACAAAAAAAUUCCAAAAAAAUUCCUAUAAAAUUCCUAAAAAUUUCACAAAUAAUUCCAAAAAAAUUCCCAUAAAAUUCCUAAAAAUUUCCCAAAAAAAUUCCAAAAAAUUCCUAUAAAAUUCCUAAAAAUUUCACAAAUAAUUCCAAAAAAAUUCCCAUAAAAUUCCUAAAAAUUUCCCAAAAAAAUUCAAAAAAAAAUCCUAUAAAAUUCCUAAAAUUUUCCCAAAAAAAAAUCCAAAAAAAUGCCUAUAAAAUUCCUAAGAAUUUCCCUAAAAAAUUUCCCAAAAAAUUGCUAUAAAAUUCCUAAAAAUUUCCCAAAAAAAUCCAAAAAAAUCCCUAAAAAUUUCCCUAAAAAAUUUCCAAAAAAAUUCCUAUAAAAUCCCUCCAAAUUUCCCAAAAAAAUUAAAACAAAAUU